AUGCAGCGCAAUCGAAGAGCCGCAUUUCUGCCUCCGAAGGAAGAAGACCUGGAGAGUACGACCGAUGAGGACAGUACGACGGACGAGGAUGAGGAUGAUGGGGGCGGAGGUGGGGGCCAGGUUGGCGGCCAUGCUCGUCCUGCGCGCCACCAACAACGGCCGGCGAAGCGGCUGAAGCGGGACGAUGACGCUCCUACGGGUGUGGCUGACGAUGGCUCGGAUCGGUCUGGAAAAUGUGGCUCGACGCCGUUGAGGAGCUUGGAGAAGAGGGUCAGUCCGCCUGCGACGAGGGAGACAAGAGCAAGUGUCACUUUUGGUAGUGACGUGGAGACGGAGGAUGAGGACGAGGUGGAAUCUGAGAAGGAGAAGGAGGACGGUUUGGUGCAGCAUGUGGCGGGACCAAGGAACGUCAGAGUUACACCUACGGAGGGUCAGCUAGAGGAGACCUCUUCUACAGCAAUCACUCAGAAAGGCACGACGUUUGUUCCAUCGCCAAUCCAGCUUACGCGCAUACGCGACCUUCCUCCAGCUGCUAACAUAGAUACCGUCGCCCUGAGAGAUAUAGUGGGCGACCCACUGAUCGUUGAGAUGUGGCAGUUCAACUACAUGUUUGAUAUGGAUUUCCUGAUGAGUUCUCUAGACGAGGAUGUAAGGAGAAGUAUGAGAGUUAAGGUCAUACAUGGAAGCUGGCGUAGAGAGGAUGUCCAGAGACAAAUGCUGGAGGAAUGGGCCAAGCAAUACCCCAAUCUCGAAGUUAUCCAGGCUUAUAUGCCUGAAGCUUUCGGGACGCAUCACAGCAAAAUGAUGAUCCUCAUCCGUGCAGACGAUUCGGCACAAGUCGUCAUUCAUACGGCCAACAUGAUCGCCAAGGACUGGACUAACAUGACCAAUGCUGUCUGGCGCUCCCCGCUUUUGCCUCUUCUACCCGAAAAUACUUCAGAAUCUACCGCAGGCAACAACGCCAACGAAAGCGGCAACAUCAAGUAUCCCAUUGGCACGGGACAAAGAUUCAAAGUCGAUCUUCUUCGGUACUUGUCCGCCUAUGGAAAGCGUCUCGCCGCCUUGACAAAGCAACUCGUUCGCUAUGACUUCUCUGCCAUCCGCGCUGCACUCGUAGCAAGCGUACCACGCCGCGUAAAGCUUGAUGAUAGAAAUCCCGAUGAACAGACAUCUUGGGGCUGGGUUGGGCUGCGCGAGGUCCUCAGCCAGAUCCCACUUACUUCGACCACGAGGCCGAGCAAGGGUAUGGCCGUCGCCCAGGUCUCCUCAAUCGCAACACUUGACCAAGCCGACUUCCGUAUCAUUUUCCCUAGCGUCACUGACGUUCGCACCGCUCUCGACGGUUACCGUGCCGGUGGCUCUAUCCACUUUAAAACCCAGAGCGCGGCGCAGCGGAAGCAGCUGGCGUACAUGCGUCCGGAUUUCUGCCGCUGGAACACCAGCAAGAACCCGAUGACGGCGUUAAGGAGUUCUGCUGCACCGCAUGUGAAGACGUAUGUGCGGUACGCAACCACGGCUAGGGGCGAUGGCACAGAGCAGACAACGAUCGAUUGGGCGAUGCUGACGUCGGCAAAUCUAUCGACGCAGGCGUGGGGCGCGCUCCCAGCUGCUGUGAAGACUGGGGACGGCGAAGCCAAGAAGGGGAGGAAGGACAAGCAGGAUGGAGAGAAUGGUAAGGAGGUCAGGAUUUGCAGCUGGGAGAUUGGCGUGGUAGUGUGGCCAGCAUUGCUGGCGGAAGGCGAGGAGAGAAAAGAGGCGGUGAUGCUUCCGGUAUUUGGAAGGGAUAUGCCGGAGGUGGACAAUUUAAGAAGUGAUGAUGUGGGAGGUGAGAAGGUCGUGGUGGGCUGGCGCAUGCCGUACGAUCUGCCGCUCACCCCGUAUGCGGAGAAUGAGGAGCCGUGGUCUGCGACAGCGAGGUAUGAUGAGCCCGAUGUGAAGGGCUGUGUCUGGCCGGGGUUCUGA